AUGAUGGACAUUUUGAAUUUAUCAAUCGAGUUUCAUAACGAAGGACAUAUAACAAAGAGAGUAGUUCGUAUCGAAUCAACGAUCAAAGUGGGAGAAGUUGUACGACUAUUGCUAGACAAGUUUGGAAAGAGUUGUAGUGAUCAAGAAGCAGCUCAAUUUCAUCUUUCAAUGGUUCAAAAGAACUCUCAUGCACCAGUACAAAUACUAUCCGAUAUUAAUCGUUCUUUACAAUCUUAUGGUGUAAAAAAUAAUGAUGAAUUAACAAUUAAAAAGAGACAAAAAAAGAAUCCAGCACAAGCCAAACUACAGAAAAAGAAACCUGAAGGUAUAUUCAAGACACUGUUUUCAAUGUCAACGUUGGAGAUGAAAUUGGCAACCGAAGAGAAACAAUUCAUUAGUAUUACAGAGGUCGAUGGUCAAAUUGAUGUACCCAUCGUAUUAUACAGUAUAUUGGAUUAUCUUGAAAAUCAUCAUCAUUUUAAUUUAAUUAACAAAGAUUCAUCUGAAAUAUCAUCAUCAUUUCAAUAUUAUGGUAGUGAAAAUGAAUAUUUUGAAUUAUUAAGAUCAUUAAAUACAGGAGAAGGAAUUGAUCUUGGAGGAUGUAGGAAUCCAAAGUUGUUGUGCAACUUUUUACUCUAUCUUUUACAAAACAGUUUGACAGAGACGUCACUCACCUAUUCGUUAUAUACAACUUUUUUAAAAUCGGCAACUCUAGAGAGCAAAUCGAAUAUUUUCUAUGACAUUCCACCUCGCAACAGAGUGAUCCUAAAGCACAUUAUGCUUUUCCUCUCCAAACUGACAUCCAAGGAUCCAAACCUUCUCGACACUAUCUCUUCCAUCAUUGCACCCUUUAUCCUUGGUCGUAUCGAAUCCCCCAAACAACAACAACAGCAACAACAAUCCAACAACAAUGGUGGUGACCAAUUCAACAAUGGUCAAAGCGUUGUUCAAUUAAUUUCAAACAAUCGUGUACUUUCAAAUGAAGAAACUACUCUUUGUAAAAAAGUUGCCAUUGAUCUUAUUCAAAAUAUUUCAACUUAUUUAUUAUAUCCACCAAGUAAAGGAGGAAUAUUUAAUUUAAUGAAUGGAGAAAAAACGAUAUUUUCAUCAGAGAAUAUUUAUUGUAUAGAUAAAUGUAACUUUCCACCAACGGUGGCUAGUUUGGGAGAGUUGUGGGUGACCAAUUAUCGUAUCGUAUUUUUGGUUGCACACGACAAUUGCGAGAUACCCAUCUACAUGAUCCAAAAAUGGAAACAGAUUAGGACCGGUCCUCUAUUCGAGUCGUACAAGAUCUAUUGUAAAGAUUUUAGAUGCAAGGUGAUUGGAUUUCCAGCCAAUUCACCACACCUUUUAAAGUUUAAAGAGGUGCUAGAUUGUAUUCGUAUGCCUACUCCACAGAGUAUGUUUGCCUUUGCCAAUGGUAAUCCACAGCUCGCUGCUUGCGACAAUUUUGCCGAUACUCAUCUCUUGACAGAGUAUAACCGACAGGGUGUGUCUUGGGAUGACUGGCGUACGACCAAUGCCAACUCAUUGCUCAAGGUGUGUGAUCACUAUCCAAUGAUGUCGGUCGUACCCAAAGCCAUCAGCGACAAUAUUGUUGUGACUAGUGCCUACUAUCGUUCAUUCCGCUUUCCCGUUCUAAGUUGGGUCCACCCAACACACAAGGCUAGUAUUACUCGUGCCGCUGCGCCAGAGGGAUAUGGCUCUGGGGGUGCUGCAUCAGUUCAAAACUCUGCAUCCUCUACUACAUCGAUGGUCAUCACAGCUGCCGUCAACCCACUAUCUCCAACUAAAAAUAGUAGUACUAGUGGUGCAUCUGGUUCAUUUACCAUUCAAACAUCAUCAUCAUUGACGACGGGCGCGUCGUCCUCCUCCUCUAAUAAUCCAGGUGGUCCAUUAAUAAGUCCAAGAUUACAACCAACCAUGUCAACCUCACAAAUGCCACAAUCAUGUCAAGAAGAUGUCGAUCUAUUAAAAGCAAUUGUAGACAUUAAGAAAUGUAGUACACUGUCGGUCUAUGAUACUGGAUCACAAGCUCCAUACGCACUAUUUAUGGUUAAUUGCAAGAUUGAAUUUUUAUCCUUGUCUUCACCCGACAAGAUACGUGAUUCGUUUUAUCGUAUCCUUCAUCUACACAAUACCAACCCAGACAAGAUUAAAUGGCCAGAAACCAUUAAAUUUAAUUGGAUCAAUCUGUUAAAACCAAUUCUUGCAGCAUCGAUUGCCAUUGCAGAGACGAUUGAAAAGGGCCAACCAGUAUUGAUUCAAUCACGUGACGAAUCAGAUUCGGAUGCACAACUCUCUUCCAUCUCUCAAAUCCUCCUAGACUCUCAUUAUCGUACCAUUGAAGGUUUCCGUACACUCGUCGAAAAGGAAUGGUUAUGUUAUGGUCAUGCAUUUGCUCGUCGUUCGGGUCAUGACUUUGCUCGUCGUAAUACAUCAUCUCUAUCAUUACCAGCAAAUAAUACAUCCAUGUCCAAUCUGGGAUCGGCACUUCUCGGAGGAAAUAGUGGCAAUUCAAUACCAAAUUCACAAAGUUCAACGUCAAUCAAUACUUCUGGUUCCAAUUCAUUAUUAUUCCCAGCAUCAUUUGAACCAGAUCCCAACUUUUCACCCAUCUUUAUGCAAUUUAUAUUUAUAGUUUGGCAAAUUUACAAAGAGUUUCCAACAGCUUUUGAAUUUAACGAACAAUAUCUUGUCGAUCUCAUAGAUUCUACUUUUAAUUGUAGAUUUGGUACUUUUCUUUGCAACAAUCUUAAAGAACGUGAAUCCAUUUUUCAACAUACAAAAUCAUUUUGGAGUCAUGUAGCUCAAAAUCAACAACAAUAUUUAAAUCCUUUAUUUAUUCAAGAAAUUGAUAACAACAAUAAUAAUAAUAAUAAUUCACCAACUUUAUCUUCCUCUUCCUCCAAGAGAAUUGGAUAUUUAAAAUGUAAUAGAAUUUAUCAAGAUGCAAUGUGGAAUGAAUAUUUUUAUCGAUAUUGUUUCAAAUCAAUGUUGGCAGUUGAACAUUUGGAAGAAAGAAUUCGUAUCGUUUUGGAUCCAACAUUAAAUUUGACAAUGUUGGACUUGUCAUCACUUAGAUUGUACAUGUUGCCAGAGAGCAAAUUUGCAUUGAGAAAAAUGACAAAUCUUGUUCAACUGUCGCUGGCAAAGAAUAAUUUAAAUACUAUUCCUAUUGGAUGUUUUUCGUCCAUGGUCAAUUUGGAAGUAUUAAAUUUGGAAGAGAAUCAAAUCGUAUCAAUGUCACCACUCAAUGUUGCCUUGCUAGCACAGAGUUUACCAAAUUUGACUGUUUUAAAUCUUGGAUCCAAUCAAUUUGAUGAUUUACCAAUGACUUUGACCAAAUUUGCCAAAUUACAAGUCCUAUCGAUUCCAAACAACAAGUUUGAUCGUGUCCCCGAUGUAUUGGAUCAUUUGACUACAUUGGUUGAAUUGGACAUGUCAAAGUGUCAAGUGGCUAGUAUCAAGAUUCCUCUGGCCAGUAAAGCCACACUGACAAGUUUGAAUCUUUCACAUACAGACAUUACCAGUUUACCAGAGGAAAUUGGUGAAUUGAUUCAUUUGGAAAAUCUUAAUCUUGGUCAUAACCUAUUGUCUCUAUUACCUCCGACAUUUGCCAAUCUAUCGAAAUUAAAAACACUAUCAAUGGAAGGAAAUCAAUUUACAAGUUUACCAAAUGAAAUUCUUCAACUGUCACAAUUGCAAGAAUUGAUUUUGGAAAAUAAUCUAAUUGGUUCUUUACCAAGUGAUAUUAAUCAUCUAAGUAAUUUGCGUAUACUUAAUCUUAGAUUAAACAAGUUGGAUAUUUUACCAGCAAGUAUUGGUCAAUUGUCAAAUCUAACUAUACUCAACUUGGCACAAAAUGCAAUCACUCAAUUACGUCCAACAAUGGGACUCUUGUCUGGUUUAUCAGAACUCAAACUUGAUGGUAAUCCAUUACGUACACCACCACCAGAAAUCUUACAUCAAGGUCUUCAAGCAAUUUUGGAUUAUCUAAAAGAUUUGAUCAAAGGUCAAGAACAAUGUUAUCGUAUGAAAUUAAUGAUUGUUGGACAAGAAAAUGUUGGUAAAACAACAUUACUCAAAACAUUAAGAGAUCGUAAAAAGAAACCAAGUGUGGCAGGACCAAAUAUAUCGACCGAUGGUAUUGUUAUUGACAAUUGGGUAUUUAAUGGACAAUUUGAUGAUAUUGACGUGGAUUCUGGUCGACCCAUCAAAAAGAAACAAGAUAUUACACUGUCGGUAUGGGAUUUUGCAGGACAAGAAAUUUAUUAUACAACACAUCAAUUCUUUUUAUCUGAACGUUCAGUUUAUAUUGUUGCUUGGAAUAUUAUAUUGGAAGAAGAAGCAUCACGAGUAGAGUUUUGGCUGCAAUCUAUUACAACUAGAACCAAAGAUGCACCUAUUAUUAUUGUUGGAACUCAUUUGGAUGAUAGUAAUAAGGCAUCGGCCAAGGCAGUCAAGAAAAAGAUGUUGGAAAAAUAUCUUCCUCGCUUCCCAAAUAUUAGAGCCAUCAAAAUGGUUAGUUGUACAAAUGGUAAAGGAAUUUCAAGUCUUCGAGAGACAUUGGAAGAAAUUGUUCAAUCUCAACCUACUAUGGGUGAAUCUCUACCACGUAGCUACAUGUUGUUGGAAAAUUUGGUCAAAGAAGAAACAAAAAAACGUAUCAUACCAACUAUACCAUGGCAAGAAUUUGUUCAAAUGGGUACUAUAUGCACCAUUACAGAUGAAGCAGAAUUAUUACGUGCUACGAUGUUUUUAAAUCAACUUGGAUCACUUGUUUACUUUUCCAAGGAAUUGGGAUUGAAACAAUUUGUUAUUCUCGAUCCACAAUGGAUAACGGUCAUGUUGUCAUCUAUUAUUACAACCAAACAUAGUUAUGCAAAGGAUGGUAUUUUGGCACACAAGAGUUUAAAGCAAAUUUGGCGUCCCCCACAAUACCCAGAAAACCUUCAUCCACAUUUGAUCAUGUUGCUUGAAAAGUUUGAAAUCUCCUACAAUUUGGGUGGACCACUUAAAAAGACAUCUCUGGAACAGAUUGACGAGAAUGGACAAAGUUUAAUCCCAUCAUUAUUGCCAAACGAACGUCCAGCGAGUUUUGCAAGUUUAUGGACCGCCUACAACCCCAAACUACAUCAAGAACAAUUUGGAAGAAAUUAUGAAUUUGAAUUUAUACCAAACGGAUUCUUUUCGAGGUUGAUGGUUAGAAUUUUAAAUUUUGCAAAGACUGAAGCAAGAUGUUAUUGGCGCAAUGGUAUGCUCCUUCAACGACAAGACGAACAAAUCUUUAUCGAAAUGAUUCCAUCUCGUAAACUCAUGUGUUUUACAGUUCGUGGUAAACAAAGUGCUCAAUUGUCUCGUGAUGUCAUUGAAACGAUUCAAUCAUUAUUGGAUGAUUCAUUCCGUUUGGAAUGCUCAGUCUAUGUACCAUGUAUUCAUUGCAUCAAGAGCAAUGCAGCACAUCCAUCUAAAUUUUCUUUGGAAAGUUGUGAAAAUGCUGCAGUCAAGGGUAUCCCAUAUCUCAAAUGCCAAGGUCGUUUCCAAGUUCGUACUGACCUCCUUGUACCUGACCUUGUCAUGUCAAACUUUACUGGAUCGAAAAUUAGUUAUAGUCAUUUAUCGCUGGACGAAUUGAUUGGUGAAGGUGGAGCUGCAUUGGUUUAUCGUGGUCGUUGGAAAGAUCAAGUGGUUGCUAUCAAAAAGUUAAAGACUGUCAGUGCCGAAGCACCAACUCUUGGUGUCACUCUAGAGAUUAAUGACAUUUCGCUAUCCAAAGCAUUCAACGAAUUUAGAAGAGAAUGUUGGGUAAUGAGUGGUAUUGAACAUCCAAAUAUCGUUCAACUUAAAGGUCUUUGUCUUGACCCUCUGUGUAUUGUAACAGAAUAUUUACCACAUGGAAAUCUUUACAAGUUUUUACAUGGCAAGGAACCAGUAUCAUGGGUAUUACGUUUAAAGAUUGCUUUGGAUAUUGCAUCUGGUAUGGCUUUUCUUCAUGGAUCAACACCAUCCAUUAUUCAUCGGGAUCUAAAGACUCCGAAUAUUCUUUUGGCAUCCAUUGAUGAAUCAUCACCAGUCAUUGCAAAGGUUGUAGAUUUUGGUUUAUCUGGAUUACAACAUACCAUAACCAAUAGAGGAGUAGAAAAUCCUGUUUGGUUGGCACCAGAAAUCAUUGAAAAACAAGAAGCAACUACUCAAAGUGACAUUUAUGCCUAUGGUGUCAUCUUGUGGGAACUACUUACUCAAAAGGAUUAUUUUGGUGAUUUAACCUUUAUGAGUAUGUUGGAGGACAAGGUUGUUAAUGGUGAACGUCCAGAAAUACCAGAAUCAUGUCCACCAGCCUACAGUCAACUCGUACAAGAUUGUUGGCAAAAUGAUCCACUCAAAAGACCACCAUUCCAUGAAAUCGAAGAAAGAAUUCUCGCCCUCGUUUCUGAAAUGUUCCCAAACCUCAAAAUGGUAGAUCCAAAUGAAUAUAUUAAAGAAAAAAGAAAAUCUAUUCGUCAACAUAGAAAAAGUAUUAGUAGCAAUGAAUCAAAAAUAGUAGAAGAAAAGGAAUUGGAACCAAUUAAAUUAAUUACUCAAAGUCAAGAAGUUAAUUUUUUUAAAGAUCAAAAUAUUAAUAAUAAUAAUAAUAAUAAUAAUAUGAAUAAUAAUAAUAAUAAUAGUAAUCAUAAUGGUAAUAAUAAUUCUUCACCUUUAUCAUUUUAUCAUAAUCCAAAAAGAUCAUCAGUACAAGUUCAACCAUUUUUUAAUGAAUAUAAAGAUUCAUUACAAGGAGGUGAAGAAGAUGGAUCUGUACAAUGUAUGAUUACAGUAAAUGAUAAUAUAUGGGUUGGUAGUGGAAAUGGAUCGAUAACAAUUUGGAAACAAAAUGGAGAAAAAUUAACAUCUAUUCGAGCACAUGAAAAGAGAAUUCAUUGUCUUUAUCCAUAUAUGAAUACAGUUUGGUGUGGAUCUGCAGAUAAUAACAUAUCGAUUUAUAACAGUGAAACAUUUACAUUGGUAAAGAAAUUUACUGGACAUUCACCAACUUGUUUUACAUCGGUUGGUCAUACAAUGUGGGUUGGAUCACUAUUCAAUGCCAUUCAUGUUUGGGAUAUAAAGAAAAAGAUUAAAUAUAGAAAUAAGAUUUCUUUGGAAUUUGGACCUGUCGAAGCAAUGCUCAAACGUGACAAUGAAGUUUGGGUUGCUCUAUCCAACAAUAUUGCUCGUAUCGAUAUUAAUUCUCAACGUGUCACUCAAAUGAUCAAAGGUCAUGAAAAGACGGUUCAUUGUAUGAUUGAGGUGGAUGGUUCUACUGUUUGGUCUUGUUCUAGUGAUGGAACGAUACGUAUUUGGGGAUCACAAUCUGGUCAACACAUUUAUACCAUUCAAGCUCAUCAAAGUCGUAUCUUUUCUCUCAUUCAAGUUGGUGAUUAUGUUUGGUCUGGUUCUUGGGAUUGUAGCAUUAAAAUUUGGAGUAUAAAAGAUUAUCAAUUUGUAAAUGAAAAUAGAAUCAUUCAUAAAGAUGCUAUUAGUAGUUUUAUCCUAAUUCAAAAUAAUCAACAAAAUCAACAACAAAAUAAUAAUAAUAGAUUAAAUAGACAAGUAUGGUCAGGAUCAUGGGAUAAGAAUAUUUGUAUAUGGCAAUUAAAUCCACUCAAUUUAAAUAGUUCUUACAAUUCAGAUGUUUAUACUUCUGGUCAAUUAUUAUCAGAUACAAAUUCUUCUCAUUCUUCAUUUGGUGGUGGUGGUGGAUCAUCACAAAAUGUUUCCCCAAUCUUAACAUCUUCAAAUAAUAAUAAUAAUAAUAAUAAUAAUAAUAGUAAUAAUGAUUUAUCAACUCCAUCACUUAAAGGAGAUACUCCUUCAUCUACUUCAUCAUCAUCUUUACCACCCAUUUCAAUGUCAGCUAGUCCAAGUACUUCAGGUGGUACAUUAAGAAGUCAUGCUCGUAGAACAGUCUCUUUUGUUUUGGAUAAAAUUAAUAGUAACAAUAAUAAUAAUAAUAAUAACAGUAAUCAAAAGAAAUAA